UGCUGCGAUUUAUUUGCGGCAGCGCACGUCGGAAACCCUUGUGGGCAUUGUUUCUGCGGGGAAUGUGGGUGGGCGUGGAUAUCCAAGAACAGAAGACACCCGACUUGCGCGGUCUGUCGGGCUGCGCUGUCUGGUGACAUGCCCAUGAUUCCGAACUUCACCUUAGAUAGCAUGGUCGAAAAGCAUAUCAAUGCUCUUGUCGUGAGCGGCGAUACGGAUUGGCUUGCCGGUGGGUCCAAGUACAGGGAUUGGCAUGAGAGAAAGGAGUACGUCCCUUUAAUCGCCGUGUCAAUGUUGCCGCCAAUAAUCGCUGAUCCUCAGGAAAUGGAAACGAGACGCCGUGAAAAGAGCGGAGAAGCCGAAAACCACGUCUUCCACCAGACUAUUCAUGCAGCCUGUGCCGUUCAUUGGUCUGGCCGAUGGGGAUGA